AGUAUCAGGCUACCCAGCCCAGAAAGAGCCAGUUUUCACUUAAACUGCCAGCAAGUCUUGAAGGCUCUUCCCAUGAAAUUGGGAGCUUCCUUGGACCUUGGAGCACAUAGAGGAUUCUACUUUCUUUAAAAUUUUAUUUUCAAGCAAUUUCCCUGAGAAUCGUUUACCUCCAGAGGAUUGGUGGAGCUUGAUCUGAAGGCUGGCCAUGAGCUCUCAAGGUCCACAUUCAGAUAAAAACUGUAAAGGGACCUUUCGUGAGAAGCUUCUGAUUAUUUGUUCAAACCUGGGAGUCGAAGAUGUGGAGCACCUCAAGUUUCUCUGCAUAGGCUUGGUCCCCAACAAGAACCUGGAGAAGUCCAGCUCAGCCUCCGAUGUUUUUGAACAUCUCUUGGCAGAGGAUCUGCUGAGUGAGAACGACCCCUUCUUCCUGGCGGAACUCCUCUAUAUCAUAGGGCAGAAGAAGCUGCUGCAGUAUCUCAACUACACCAAAGAGAAAGUGGAGCAUUUGCUGCCCACCCAAAGAAGGGUCUCUCUGUUCAGAAACCUGCUCUACGAACUGUCAGCAGACAUUGACAAAGAGAAAUUAAAGGACAUGAUCUUCCUUCUCGGAGACUCGCUUCCCAAAACUGAAAUGACCUCUCUAGGUUUACUGGCAUUUCUAGAGAAACAAGAUAAAAUAGAUGAAAAUAAUCUGAAAUACCUGGAGGACCUCUGCAAAACGGUUGUACCUAAACUUUUGAGAAACAUAGAGAAAUAUAAAAGAGAGAAAGCUACCCAGAUAGUAGUAUCUCCUGCAGACAAGGAAGCUGAGUCAUUGUAUCAAGGAGAGGAAGAACUGUUUUCCCAAACAGAAGUUAAAAGAUUCUUGGAAGCCUUACCGGGGGAGUCCUGGCAAAAUAAGCAUGCAAGGAGUGGGGGUAACAGAGCCACAAAUGGUGCACCAAGCCUGGUCUCCACAGGGAUGCAAGGAGCAUCUGCUGACCCUCCCAAUUUUGAAACCAGCACAAAGGGUGCAGCUGUGUACAGGAUGAAUCGGAAGCACAGAGGCCACUGUGUCAUUGUCAACAACCACAGCUUUACCUCCCUGAGGGAUAGACGAGGAACCUGUAAAGAUGCUGAGAUCCUGAAGUGUGUGUUCACCUGGCUUGGGUUCACAGUGUGCAAAUACGACAAUGUGACGAAGGGGCGCAUGGAGGAGGUCCUGCAGGAGCAGAAGUGCAAUCCAGACCAUGUCAAUGGGGACUGCUUUGUGUUCUGUAUUCUGACCCAUGGGAAAUUUGGAGCUGUCUACUCUUCAGAUGAGGCCCUCAUUCCCAUUCGGGAGAUCAUGUCUCACUUCACAGCCCGGCAGUGCCCUGGACUGGCUGACAAACCUAAACUCUUUUUCAUCCAGGCCUGCCAGGGUGAUGAGAUACAGCCUUCUGUCUCCAUUGAAGCAGAUGCUCUGAACCCUGAGCAGCAGCCCACUUCCCUGCAGGGAAUACUGCAGGACAGUAUUCCCGUCGAGGCUGACUUCCUGCUUGGUCUGGCCACUGUCCCAGGCUAUGUAUCCUUUCGGGAUGUGCAGGAAGGCAGCUGGUAUAUUCAGUCUUUGUGUAAUCAUCUGAAAACAUUGGUCCCAAGUCAUGAAGACAUCUUAUCCAUCCUCACUGCUGUCAACAAUGAUGUGAGUCAACGAGCAGACAGACUGGGAACAAAGAAACAGAUGCCCCAGCCUGCUUUCACACUAAGGAAAAAACUCAUAUUCCCUGUGCCCCCGGAUGAACUUUCAUUAUAGCAGAGAGUUUUUGUUGGUUCUUAGACUUCAAAUGAAUUAUUGGCGGCAUCCUCCAACCUCCUGCCCAGCACAGAAAUUGGUGGUCUUCACCAGUCAUUCUAGAAACAGGAAGCACCCUGUUUUCUGACACAGUCAAUUCUGUUUUUUCUUUUUCUUUUAAUAAGUCUAAAUGUUAGAAUAAUUUCUUUUUUACUUCCUUUUUUUUGGAGACAGUCUCACUCUUGUCACCCAGACUGGAGUACAGUGGGGUAAUCACGGGUCACUGUAGUCUUGACCUCCCGGGCUCAAGCUAUCCUCCCACCUCAGCUUCCCAGGUAGUUGGGACUACAGAUGUAUAUCACCAUGGCCAGCUACUUUUUAUUCUUUAUUUUAUGUAGAAAUGGAGGUGUCUCACUUUGUUGCACAGGCUGGUCUCAAACUCCUGGGCUCAAGUGAUCCUCCCACCUCCACCCCCAAAAUGCUGGGUUUAUAGGCAUGAGCCACCAUGCCUGGCCAGAAAACUUUCAUUAUUGAAGACUUGGAUUGUAGCCUUGGUUUUGGAUGUGUACCCUGAAGAGAGAGUAAUUGGCCUUGGUUUGUGUAGGUAUUGUAUUUUUGAGACAGAGUCACUUCAUCACAUGGGCUGGAGUCCAGUGGCGGGAUCACUGCUCACUGCAGCCUUGACCUCCCAGUUUCAAGCAAUCCUCCCACCUCAACCUCCCAAGCAGCUAAGACUACAGAUGUGUGUCCAUGCCCAGCUAAUUUUUGUAUUUUUUCGUAGAGAUGGGGCUUCGCCAUGUUUCCCAAGCUAGUCUCAAAUUCCUGGGCUCAAGCGAUCCUCCAACCUCAGCUUCUCAAAGUGUUGGGACUCCAGGCAUGAACCACUGUUCCUGGCCUGGGGACCAGGUACAUUUUAAGGUUCCUUGGUGCUCAAAGAACCACUGUUCUUAGCCUAGGCAGCUUAGAUUGCCUCUCUAGGCAACUGGCUCUUAGUUAUAAUUCUGUGUCCCCUCUGCAUGAACAUUGACAAUGAAGUCACAGUUCACCCACUCCCUGCUCUGAUUUCCCCCUUCCUAAGACUUCUCUUCUGCACAUCUGGUGAGGUUAAAAUUUGGUCUAUGACAGGCCCAUUUCCUGCUUUUGUAUAAGGAAGGAGCUCACGCAGGAAGUUUUUCUUGGGUUGGAGACAGGUUUCCCUGUAGGAAGAUGACGGCUCAUUUACACUCAGCUGCUCUGAAAGCAGAAACUUUACAACGUGAUGUCAAAUUCCAUGUUGGACUGGGUGUGGUGGCUCACGCCUGUAAUCCCAGUACUUUGGGAGUCCGAAGCAGGUGGAUCACUUGAGGUCAGGAGUUUGAGACCAGCUCCAAUUUGGUGAAACCUUGUCACUACCAAAAAGACAAAAAUUAGUCAGGCGUGGUGGUGGGCUCCUGUAAUCUCUGCUACUCAGGAGACUGAGGCAGGAGAAUCUCGAACCUGGGAGGUGGAAGCUGCUGUGAGCCAAGAUCAAACCACUGCACUCCAGCCUGGGCAACAGAGUGAGACCUUGUCUCAAAAAAAAAAAAAAAAUUCCAUGUUGGGGUUGGAACCUCUCAGGUGCCAUUGACAGAACACCCAAUUCGAAUUGACUGAAACAAAGAAGAGAAUUUAUUGCCAGUUCACAUGGAAACCCAGGAAUGGAUAGCACCCACUUUAGGCAAAGCUUGAAUCAGACUCAAUCUACAGGGCAGCACCUUUCUUUUGGCUGGAUUUCCUCAGGGCUGGCAGCUGUAGUGUAGACAGUCCCCACCUUGUCACUGCUACUACAGUUUGUUCCUCUGGUACAAGGGAUGAGGAGAGAGGCUGUCCCAGAGACUGAAGUUGUUCUCAGGAUCACUGGGCUCUUAUUGGCCCGAGGGAUGUCUGGCUUUGCCUGAAGGGAAUGGCUUUGUAUGAAUGCCUUGAUGCUUUUUUCAUUAAGAUUUUGAACAUUUUUAUGUACUUGAGGUUUUUUUUUUUUUUUUUUUUUUCCUAUUUAUAGAGGAACUCUUUCUUUAAUUCCUGGAACCCUAUUUUGAAACCUUAAAGGUAUGCCCUCCUAGGGAGAUCCAAAGUCCUGUGGUUGACACCUUCAUUUAUUGAUAAGGCAGCUGAGGCCUGGGGUAAUGAACAACCUCGAAGCCCUUGUUUACUGGAUUUUACUUCAGCCAGGUGAACUGGAAUGCCAUGGGGUGUGGCAGGACGUUAGACAUUUUUUUUUGAUAUGUAAAUGCUCAUAAAAAAUGUAAAGGAAUGAAGAAAAACAACUCU